AUGCGCGUGUUCAACUUUCUGCCCUUGCUGCCUGCAGUCCUGGCAAAUCCGCUGGCCAAGCGCAGUACAGCCUGCAACAACUCCCCCGACCUCUGUUCCAAGUCCUACGGCGAAAUCACACACCUCGGCGCUCACGACAGUCCGUUCCUGCGCGAUGCCAGCACCAGUAACUCGGUGGCCGGCAACCAGUACUUCGACACCCCAACACAACUAUCGGCCGGUGUCCGCCUCGUAACCGCCCAAGUCCACAAGAGCAACUCACAAUGGCGCCUCUGCCACUCCUCCUGCUCCUUGCUUGAUGCAGGACUCCUCAGUGACUGGUUGAAGAAAAUCAAGUCAUGGCUCGAUGACAACCCCAAUGAAGUCGUCACCAUCCUCCUUGUCAACUCCGAUGACGCAUCGGCGUCCGAACUCAACACCGAGUUCACAACCGCCAACAUCACGGACUAUGCCUACAAGCCAGACUCCCAAAGCAGCGCGCCCACCAGCUGGCCGACCCUUCAGACCAUGAUCGACGACGACAAACGCCUAGUCGUCUUCGUUGCGUCCCUUACCACAAGCGACAGCUACCCCUACCUCAUGGACGAAUUCACAUUCCUCUGGGAGAACCCCUACGACACGAGCUCUGCGUCCAACUUCUCCUGCCAAGUCGACCGACCGUCCGCGUACUCUGGCAACGCGGCGUCCGCCAACGCCGCCAACCUCCUCCCCCUCAUGAACCACUUCCUGUACUCGUCCGACCUUGCGAAAUUCGACAUCGAAUAUCCCAACGCCAGCUACAUCGGCACAACGAACGCCGCGUCUGGCGGGACCGGUAACCUGGGUGAUUCGGCCUCGGAUUGCAAGAAGGAGUGGAGUGGGCGUCAGCCGGCGUUUAUCCUGGUCGAUUUCUUCAACCGGGGUCCAGCGAUCGAUACGGUGGAUAGCCUGAACAAUGUGACGGAUCCUGUUGGUCGGAAGUCCGUGUCGGAGGCUUCGACCAACAGUGCGUCUUCGGGCAGCAGUGUCUUCAAGGGACUGGUUGAGUUGGCGGACUCGGCGAAAGCGGGGACGAGUGUCUCCAUGGGCAACUGGAUCUGGGCUGGUGGAAACUGGGGUAAUCUCCUCGGCGGGGGAAUAUCGUUCUAA